CUAGUUGAAGGGGGGAGAAGGUCCACGGAGGAGCGGGGCAUGUUCAAACAUAUCCAGGCAGACCAGCCUACCAACAUCCACGGCGUGCUGUGCUGUCAUUGCGCACAGGUUGGAUUAAUACACAGGCUCUAUGAGAGUUUUUUGAAUUACUAUUAUUACUAAUUCCACAGCUCGAACCGAUAUGUUUUCCUGAGGUACACUCGACACCGGUACAGUAACAUAUGAGAUGUGUAUUUAAUGGAUUUAUCUUGAGACGCGCCGCUGCCGAAGACUUUGUAAGUUUCGGUUCUGUCUGGGAAAACUUGGGCUCAGCGUGGCCAUGUCUCUCCCUGUCAAAGUGAUGAGGGACGGACUGCUGGAGAAGCGCAGCAGCGGGCUCCUCCAGCUGUGGAAGAAGAAGCGCUGCGUGCUCACUGAGGAAGGACUGCGCCUGCACAACUGCAAAGGCGGCGGCGGUGGUGAUGCUCCGAGCUCGGCGUGGAGCUCCAAAGCCAAGGAGCUCCGCUUUGAUCGCAUGGCCACGGUGGACUGCGUGGAGUACAAGCGAGGGCUGGUGUACUUCACGGUGGUGAUGGCUACGGGGAAAGAGAUUGACUUUAGGUGUGCGCAGGAAGGCACGGCGUGGAACGCGGAGAUCGCUCUGGCACUGGUGCGCUACAAGAACCUGCAGGCCGUGCAAACGGGACGGAACAGGCACCUGUCCACUGCACACCUGGGCAGCACUGGGGAGGAUGAGGAGCUCUGACAUGGUACAGCCUUUACUUCUUGGGAGUGAACCAAUCGGAGUGGACAAGGGUACAGGACACCAGAUCCGUCGGCUCGAUUCUGUGGUGCACAGCAUGAUGGGAUGUACGGAACGGCCUUCAACGAAUAUGGAUUAAAGGACUGAGACCAAGUGUCACAGACACACUUCUUGUCUUCCUACACAAGCUUAUUCACGCUGUCAUAUAAAAAGCAUAGGAAUCUGAUAUACUCUAUAAGCAUGGAUGAUUUUUUUUCUGUGACCUCACUGUUCGAGGUCACUGUGGCAACCGCUGCGAAAGGAAAAGAUGGCGUUAUUUGGACAGAGAGGGAGGAGCUAGGACACUUUACCCGUUGUGCCUUAAUGUUUCAAAGAUAUUUUCUAUUUUGGACAUUAUUCCUGACAUUUUCUAGUCUUACUGAAACAGGAGUCACUUUGUUUCUUCAGUCUUGCUUUUGAUGGAAACACAUUGCUGUUUGACUGGUUUUGAAAACUUUUCUUAUAGACUGAACAGAUCAGCAUGUUUUUUCUAAAACUGAAGAUGAAGAAUAUCUAUUUUGCUCAUAUUCAUUGCACAUUGUAUUCUAUAUAUUUGCUGAAACCAUGUACAGUAUUAAAAAGAUCAAAUAAAUGUAUGUCAGUAAUCCUGAAGUGCUGACAUAUUUUUCUCUUGA